AUGUCUACGUCGAAAAAAAGUCAAAAUCGAACGAUUCCAUCUGCUCGUAUUAUUAUAAUGAAAAGUUUGACCAUUGCAAAUCAACGUUCUUGUGAAUCUCCUCGAUCGUUAAUGUCUGAUGUUAUUGAUAGUAGUUCAAGUACAAGCGAAUCCAGUCGUAGUUCAAAGUCUCUACUUCAGUUAAUAACAUGCCCAAUCUGUCUCGAAAUCUUCCGUGAACCAUUACAAUUACCGUGUCAGCAUACGUUCUGUAAAUCAUGUCUCGAACGAAUAACGGAUGAUCGAUGGGGUCGAUGUCCUGUAUGUCGCGGCUGUUAUCGAGUGCCAUUCGCCGGUGUGGGUUCAUUCGAAGUCAAUCGAACGAUUGUGAAUCUUCUAGAAAGUCUGCCACAUACCGAACCGAGACCAAUGCUCAAAGCGAAAUGCGCCUUCUGUAAAUUGGAAGAUACAAUUACGGCGUGUGAACACUGCCGUGAAGCCAUAUGUCGCAAAUGUCGUCGGCAGCAUUAUGAUGAUUUUUGUAAGUAUAUUACGACGAAAUUAAAUGAAACUCAACAAGAAACAGAAAAGUUAAUUGCAAAAGAAGCGGAAAACAUAAAGAAUCACGAAGAAAAUGUCCGUCGAUCAGAUGAGAUUGCUGAUGUGAUUCGGAAUAAAGUUGCGACUUUAAUUGAAAAAAUUAAACAAGAAGAAACGAAGUUGAUUCACAAUGUUGAAGAAUUUCGAAAUGCUGAACAGAGGCUGAUUGAUGAGAAAACGACUCGCUUGCACGAUCUUUCUACAAUUAACGAAUUUUGCACCACCUCACAAGAGAAAUUGCGAAACAAAGAAGAAACUGAUCAAGAAGCAGUUGAAAUUCGUCGAAAAUGUGAGGAUUACGUUUUAAACAUCAACGAUCUCCAAAGUCAAAUACUUGUCGUUAAAACACCGACUCGCCGAAUUUCAUUUUUCAACCGAGAUAUAUCCUCAGAUGCUAUCUCACUCGGUUUCGUCGAAGUUGGUUUAACUCUUGAACCUAUCGAAACAUCUGUUCAACUGUCAUCUGUAUCCUAUCCAUCAUCGUCAUCGAAAACUGACCCGAUACCUUCAGCGCCUUCCAUCGAUGUCGAUUUACAGCAAUGUCCUAAACAACUCUUCCAUUGUUUAAGUGCUUCAUUAUUGCAACAACCAACAAAUGAUAAUUCAAUUGGCCCGUCUCCGUCCUAUCGUUCGAAUGUCUCAAUAACGGAAAAUAAUGGCUAUUGUCGUCAACAACAUUCGCAAAAUCAUCGACGAGCACCACGUAUUAUUGGUAAACGAGGAACACGCGACACAGAAUUCAUGCAUCCAUCGUCUCUAGCUUAUUCAAAACGAGAUCAAUUGAUAUAUGUGUGCGAUACUUACAACAAUCGGCUGGUUACAUACAAUGUUGAAGGUGUUUUUCAACAAGUUUAUAACGAUACAACUGAAACAGGUGAAGUACGAUUUUAUCACCCGUACGCCGUUCAUAUCGAUUCUGACAAUCGACUUUACCUAAUCGAUCAAUCUGAGCGACGUAUAAAAGUAUUCAAUCGUGACUUUAAAUUAAUUCGUGUUAUUGGACAAUAUGGUCGAGAUGUUGGUCAAUAUUCUGCACCAUGUGAUCUGUGUACAAAUGAACAAAAAUAUAUCUUCGUGUGCGAUGCAGGUGGCCAUCGAAUCUUGAAAUACAACGAGCAAGGCCAGUUUCUUCUUGCAUGGGGUGGACUUGGUACUGAUCAUGGACAAUUCAAAUGUCCUGCCUGUGUUUGUGUGCUUAGUGGAGAUCGAUUAGCUGUAUCUGAUUGGGGCAACGAUAGAAUACAAAUAUUCAAUAGUGAAGGCGAUCAUUUGUUAUCGAUUGGACAACGUGGAAAACUUUUGUCGGAAUUUUCUCGUCCAUUGGGUCUGGCGUAUGAUGAAGGAACAGAACGAUUGUUUGUUUGUGAUGAAGGAAAUAAUCGUGUGACAAUAUUCAAUCAAGAUUUUACAGUCGCCGAGCUUGUACAUUCAAAAAUCGGUUUUCAUGGACCGUACGAUAUCUUAUUACUUAAAGAUGGUCGAAUUAUGGUUUCAGAACAUCGAGCACAUCGUUUACAAAUCAUUUAG